AUGGGUGUUGUGGGGAAGAAAGUUCGUUCACUAAAAUGCCAAGUGACAAUAGUAGAAGCAAGAAACGUAGAGAUCAAGUCACAAGCUAGUAGUACCCUAUUCGUUAGAUUCUAUCUCUCUGCAGGACACAAUAGAAGAAUCGAAGUUAACACGAGAGAGAUCUGUUCUAAAUCAGACAAUCUCAUUUGGGAUCAAUCUUUUGGUCUGGAGUGUCAAGGGAACGAAGCAGCAGUCGAUGAACUGAAGCAGCAGAGAGUCGUUUUCGAGCUACGGAGGAAGAAAACGGCGUCGUUUCUUAGGAAGUCAUCGAGAUCGGAGGUUUUGGGUAGAGGAGAGGUUUCAUGGGAAUCGGUUUUCGAGUCGCCGGGCAUGGAGGUUGAGAGAUUCGUAGUGAUGGGUGAAUCGAAAAUCCCGGAUUUUGAAGAUGAGAAGCCUGUUUUGUUGAAGAUAGCUUUAAAAGUUCAAGCUUUAGAAAUGGAAAAGAUGUUGAUCACCAACAAGAAAGAGAAGAGAUUAGAGAAGCUUUGUGUGUGUUGUAGCAGUAGAGAUUGUGGAAGUUGCAGUUGUUUAGAUUACGAAGCUUUUGCUUUAGCUUGUGCUUUAGAUUGUAUUUAA